CUCAGAAGACGGUCUUCUCGCCGGACUCGUUCAUUUGUCACCGCAGUUCCUCUUUGAUAUCUUCAGCCUGUCAUUGUUGUUCAGUUCCUGCGCUAGGUUGCCUGUUUGUGUCAAUGUAGGAGCGGUAGGGCCGUUGACGUUGUACAUCCCUCAGAAACAAACUCUCCCCGUCGCCAGUUCUUUUUACCGUCCCCACUCCUCGUCCAUCUCAUUUCCCGCGGAGAGGCGAGCUGGGAUUUUCACCUUCCCGUCACCGCGCAGUCAUGGCCCAUCCAACUGGCGACAAGGUUGACUCCCAUCUGAAUGUUCAGACGGGUCAGUUCUUCCAGGAUGGCCGAGAGGAGCCCUAUCUGCAUGAUGCAGAGGAGAAGCAGGACGAGAAGAAGGGCAGCCCCAUCUAUAAUGACACCUUUGGUGAUGAAGAGUAUGCCGAGGUUAAAUAUAAGGUCCUGAGCUGGUGGCAAUGUGGUUUUCUCAUGGUUGCGGAAACCGUGUCUCUUGGUAUUCUGUCGCUGCCUGCUGUUGUCGCAACUCUGGGUCUUGCUCCCGCUAUUGUUCUCAUCGUUGGCCUCGGUCUUCUGGCCACCUACACCGGUUACGUCAUCGGCCAGUUCAGAUGGCGCUAUCCACAUGUCCAGAAUCUGGCUGAUGCCGGUGAGAUCCUCUUUGGGUCUAUUGGUCGCGAGAUCUUCGGUAUCGGCCAGUUGCUGCUUGUCAUCUUCAUCAUGGCGAGCCAUCUGUUGACCUUCUCGGUUGCCAUGAACACUAUUACGGAACAUGGAACUUGCUCCAUUGUUUUCGGUGUUGUCGGCCUCGUGAUCUGCUUCCUCCUGGGCCUACCUAGGACGUCUGCAAACGUGUCCUACCUCUCUGUUGCUUCUUUCAUCAGUGUGUUCUCUGCCGUGAUGAUUGUCAUGAUUGCCGUUGGUGUGGAACGGCCUUACAAGGGAACCCUAUCAGCAACGGUGGAUACCAGCUUGUAUGAAGCAUUCCUUGCCGUCUGCAACAUCGUCUUCUCCUUCUCGGGUCACGUUGCAUUCUUCGGCUUCAUGUCCGAAUUAAAGGAUCACAGAGAGUACCCUAAGGCCCUGUGUCUUCUCCAGGGUCUCGACACCAUUCUCUACCUUGUCACUUCCGUAGUGAUCUAUAUCUAUGCGGGACCUAAUGUCACGUCCCCAGCACUAGGCUCCGCUAGUGAGCUCGUGGGCAAAGUGGCCUACGGAAUCGCCCUCCCUACUAUCAUCAUUGGCGGUGUUGUAAACGGUCAUGUCGCUUGUAAAUAUGUCUAUGUCCGUAUCUUCCGUCACGGAGAUCGGAUGCACAGCCGCGACCUCUUGGCAACCGGAUCUUGGGUGGGCAUUGCCCUGGGAUUGUGGAUUAUUGCCUGGAUCAUUGCAGAGGCCAUUCCUGUGUUCAAUGAUCUGCUGAGUUUGAUUGCGUCCCUUUUCGCCAGUUGGUCUACAUUCGGCUUCAGCGGCAUGUUCUGGCUUUACCUCAACAAGGACCGACUGUUCUCUUCGCCUAGGAAGAUUGCCCUGACCAUCUUCAACGUUAUUAUUAUCGGUAUUGCAGCCUGCAUUUGCGGUCUCGGACUCUACGUAUCCGGCCGGUCUCUUCACGACGACGCCAACGGCAGCAGUUUCUCCUGUGCCAGUAAUGCUUGAGCGGUGGUAUAGACCAGGUAUAUAUUGCAUAUAGCGCCACAUGUCCCAUAUUAGACUAGUGCAUUUUGUACAGAAAAGCCUAUGCAAUGAAACGUAUAAUAUAGCUG